UUUUCAGCGGUCAUACCCAUGGGGAAAAAACAUCCGUCAUGAUUUGAGCACCCAUGAGCAUGCGCUGUAUCUCUGUUUGAACAACAUGGCGGACGCAGUGAACGUGAAGAAGCUGAAGGUGGCUGAACUUAAGAAAGAACUACAGCAGCAUGGUUUGACCGUGAAAGGAAAUAAAAGCGAUUUACAAGCUCGCCUAACAGAAUUCCUCCAGGGACAAGGUGUUGCUCUACAUGAGGGUGAAGACGUUGAGGGAGAUGAUGAUCUAGAUAAUGACGAUCAUGAUGAGGAUGAUGUUUUAGCUGAUGACAGUGUUGAUGACUUAGUUGCCGAGGAAAGUUUAUCAGAGGAAAAGAAAGAAAGCAGUUCACUGUCUGCAGAUGAGGUCAAAAGUGGAAAGACAGAGAAAAUAGAGAACCCAUUACCUGCAAAUGGGAAAGAAAAGAAAAGUAGUAUAACUGCUGCUAAACUCACAGUAAACAGUGCUGCAUCUGAAAAUGAGAGAAAAUUGCAAAGAAUGAAGAGAUUUGGUGGACCAGUCUCAGAAAAUGAUAGGAAACUGGCCAGAGCUGAGAGAUUUGGUAUAAAUUUAAAGGAAACUGGAAAGCAGGAUGUUAAUACAACAUCUACCACACAAGCAACUCCAAUUGAUGUGAAUAAACUAAAGAAGCGUGCAGAGAGAUUUGGUGUCGUCUCCCCUGCUGUGUCAAAUAUUGUAGAAAAGGAAAAAUUACUGAAAAGAAAGGAGCGGUUUGGGGUGACCACAGUGGCAGCAGCAACAGCAGAUCCAUUGGAGAUUAAGAAGAAAAAGCGGGCAGAGAGGUUCAGCAACAGUUAGUAAGAGCAUUUUGAACUGUUUCACACCACUAAAGUGUGAAGUAUGUCAGACAGUGCGAGUUGCUGUAAGUAGGGUUUUAUAUUAAUAACAUAUUUUAUUAUUUUUACUGUUUUCUUACCCAAGUUUAUACAUUUCAAAAAAUGCCGGGCGAUAUUCACACUAUUUUAGAGUAUUUCCCAGUCUUUCGUACCAACCAACAUGUGUCGUCUGAAUAACAAAAACAACAUCAUUGUUUAGUCAACGUAUUUAUAUCCCUGACCUUACUUUAGUUAUCAUCGUCUUUAAUACAGAUAUUUACUAGAUAAUGUGAAGGCAUUUUUUACCAAUUACGAGUGAUAAAUAGAUUCUUACUAGACCUAUUUUUAAAAAUGUUGCCUACAGCGAAUGGCGAACGGCAAAUGACAGUUCACUCAGGUACUAAUCAAGCCUUUUUUAAGAAUAAAGAUUGGCUAUGCAAGCACAGUUAUUAUCACAAACAGCCCUAUGCUACUGUCAGUGGUUUACAAAGGAAUGUAUGGGGAAGUUUAUGUGCUAGCAGAAAACAUACUUUAUCGUGAAAAUAAACUGUAGAUCUUGUUUUA